CCAAAAAAGAAAAAAUAAAAUUUCAAAGAAAAAUUUAACCAAAUAAGAAAAAUAAAAUUUCAAAGCGAAAUCAAUACAAAAUCACUGAAAAUGAAAAACAAUCCUCAAACAUCCCAAAAUAAUCAACGAUGUUCAUGCAAAUACCCAAAAACACUUCUGAUGAAGCUCCAAAUAUCUGCAAAAAUCUCCCAAAUUUUCUAUGAAAAUUCCUGAUAAUUUGAUAGUAAAUUCUUUCAGUAUUUCUAAUAGAAAUGAUUUAUAUUUUGUCAGAAAGCCAGGAUGUAAUGUCCUUAUAUGGGCAUGAAGGGUCUUAGAUUAUUCCCAGUCGUCUUCUGUCCACAUUAAUGAAGAAUAUUACUCUGAGAAAAUAAUGAACAGCAGCAUAAAUAUUGAUUAAAACAGAGAAUAAAACUAAAAUGGCUGCUCGUUGUUCCUCCUAUAAUCCUGCUCACGUGUCAUUUAGAGAUAAACUAUCGUCUUUUACAGCUCGUGCCUCCUUUUAUGGUCACUAUUUACAUUUUUCUAGCAGCAUGGUGAGUGCUGCGGAGCUAAACACGUCCCCCAAGGAUCUGGCGCUACACGUCAUCACGUUCUCUUAUUUGGGCCAAUGAGAGUCGAGGAGGGCGUAAAGGGCUCUAGCGCCGGGUAAAAGAGAUUUGACAGUUGCGGGGCUGUCGCUGAUCCGGAGUGGACUUCCUCAGAGGGACGGAGACCAUGGCGGCGGCUGCUACCUGCGGCCAGCACGGCGCGGCGAUAUCCGCCGCCGUUAGCGGGAAAAAGGCGCACACAGGCCGGGAGCACAGCCGGAGGAGCAGGGAGAACUCUCGGCGGAGACAAGCCGCUCUUUUGUUCCUCAGUAACAUCUCUUUAGACGGACGGCCGGUCCACAGUAACCCCGCUGACAGUGUCGGGAGCCGCCACCAUAAAGACUCGGACUUGGAUGGAGCCGAACCCGGCAGUGCGGCGGGAACAGCCCCCGGACUGUCUCUGGAGCUGGGGAGUAGUAACAGCUAUGGGACGUUCUCCAGUCUGCCCGGGGCCACGAGCUCCGCCACACCGAGGACAGGACUCCUCAACAUCCCGCCUAUCCUCGUCCUGCCGUCGGAUACGGGGUACAACGAUGUGGGGAGCGCAGAGGUGCUGCUGGAUUGCCGCAGAGGCUCGACUCCCUCACCGGGGAACAGUAACUUACUCACGCCGUCCCCCUCCAACACCAGCCUGCUACCGUCCCCUCUGGGACCGCGGAAGUCCUCGACUCUGCUGUCGGUCCAGAGCUGCAACUCGGUGUCCUCAGAGCCGAGACAGAGGACCCGUAACCUCUCCGGUGGCUCUCCCAGACCUCGACACACCAAGAAGAUCAGCUUCAAAAACAUGAAGCAGUGCGACAUGAGAGGAAGCAGGAUCGUGUUGAUCUGUGCUAAGAGGUCUCUGUGUGCUGCCUUCUCUGUCCUGCCCUACGGAGAGAGCUUCUACCUCAGUGACCCCACGUUAAACCACCCCAGGAGGAGACACUCGUCUGGGAACAUCUCCGCCACGCUGGAGAUGCUGCCAGGGCUGGAGGGUUUCCACCUGGACACCUACGGCAGGUCGGUGUCGUACGCACAGUUCCUGUACCCCACCAACGCCCUGGUGAGGCAGAAGCCGGCGUCGGCCAGCGACUUGACGCUGCAGAUCCCUCAGUCCAGGAGCACGCACAGCAUGCCGGGCCGCAGCUUCCCUCCCAGCAGACUGAACAGCACCGUGGGGCUCGACCUCGGUCUGGAGGAUGUGACAGACUACGACCCCAACCUCCUCAGCGACCCCCAGUGGCCUUGUGGGAAACACAAACGUGUGCUGAUUUUCGCCUCCUACAUGACGACGGUGAUCGAGUAUGUCAAACCGUCCGAUCUGAAGAAAGACAUGAAUGAGACGUUUAAGGAGAAGUUUCCUCACAUCAAACUCACCCUCAGUAAAAUCCGCAGUCUGAAGAGAGAGAUGAGGAUAGUCGGGGAGGAUUGUGGGAUGCAGCCCGUCACCAUCGCCAUGGCGUUUGUCUACUUUGAGAAGUUGGUGCUGCAGGGUCGACUCAAUAAACAGAACAGGAAGUUGGUGUCAGCUGCCUGCAUCCUCCUGGCCGCUAAGAUCAGCAGUGACCUGAAGAAGCAGGAGGUCAAACACCUCAUCGAUAAGCUGGAGGAGCGUUUCAGGAUCAGCCGGCGGGAGUUGAUAUCGUUUGAGUUCACCAUCCUGGUGGCCCUGGAGAUGGCGCUCUACCUGCCUGAGAGUAAGGUCAUGCCUCAUUACAGACGUCUGGUGCAGCAGCAGCAGCCGUAGCGGAGCGGCGGUGGCUCCUCCUAGGACCUCGGUGCACCUCUGACCUCCUCAUAGUGACGGACGGAUCGGCUCAGAGACGCCAAGGCUCUCCCUCACUGUGACGGCGGUAGAACGACAGGCCUGGCGCUGCCUGGCUCAACAGCACAGAGAGCAAUGACGCCCUCUCCUUCUCCUAAUAACGCCAAAGUGACGACACUGUGAGAUCCAUCACCUCUCUAAAGGGAAUCAGGCCGAGUUUGGUUCUGAUGUUCCUGAUGGAUGCUCCAUGGGUGGGGUGCUGAUAACACAAUUUAACACUUUAAUAUUAAUGAGGCUGCAGAAAAAGCACCAAUAACUCCGUAUUCAGCGAUGAUCGGCCGGUUUAAGGAGAUGAUUCAGGCUGUGAAGACUCUUCUUUGUCCCCGUCCUCUUUCAGGACGCUCACUCACACUGAUGUCAAAGUUCUAGCACUUUCCUGAGCGUAGUCCUGGUCUGACAUGCUCCUCUCUAUGUCUGCUGUGGUAAUUCUAGAUUCUUCCCUGGCUUUUGUCGCUCUGAUCGUGAGUGUUUUAGCUUCAGCUGUCUUAACAGAAACAGCUGAAUCUGCUGUGGAUGAUCCAGGAGGGGUUUGGGGGUUUAAGUGCCUUGCCUGAUGGCGUUCUGCAUCUAGGUUUUCCUAUGUUGACCCUGCCUUGGAUCCAGGGAUUCAAACCAGCAGUCCCUCUCUCAUUUAUCUGAUCUCUGUGGCCAUCUUCCUCCUCCCUGGUCCAAUGUGAGUUUAGGACUAAGAGCCUGUGGAUGGCCGCAAGGAUGCCAGAGCAGUACAGGACCAAGGUCGCCAUGUUCUCCCAGACCUGACCUGGGUAGUUUGAUUUUAGUGUUUUGUCCUAUUUUUCAAACAUGUCCUCCAGCAUUUUAACGAUCUGAUGCACCACAAAAAUCCUCCUCUGUUGAUCAGAUUUUCCUUUUUCCCAAAACUGGAGGUUCCUUUUUAUCUGAGGUAUUCAGACGUUUGUGUCCAAAAUAUUUAAAAGCCCUAAUGAAAUGCUUUUCAUCCUGAUAAAUCACCAGGAUAACAGAUAAUUAGGUGCAGAUCAUGGCUAUGCUGGUUUCCAUCGCUGCAGCUCUAAAACUCUAAAUAUCCAUGAAUGUCCUUCUGACUUGUUUGUGUUUUAUUUUGGAGGACAGGCUGGUUAAUACAGCAGCUGCUUAGAUAUCCUUCACAAUAAAACACAUACAGGUGUUUUAUUUUGGAGGACAGGCUUGUAGAAAGAGCAGAAGCUAAUGUAGAUGUCCUCCAAAAAAAACACCUGUUCAUGUUUUAUUUUGGAGGACAGGCUGGUAAAUACAGCAGCUUCUUUAGAUAUCUUUCAAAAUAAAAUGCCUGUAUGUGUUUUAUUUUGGAGGACAGGCUGGUACAAAGAUGGCCUGGUGGUUGUCUUCCUGUUUCUCUGAGGGAACUCGCCGUAGCUCCAGAUUCUCUGUGUCCACACUGUGAAGGAACAUCAACCAAAAAGAGCUUCCUGUUCAUUAACUUCCUUUUUUUAUUUAUUCUGUGUUCACUGUUUCAUAAAGGGAGGAAUAUUUAACCAAUCAGAGGCCUCUGUCAGGACGUUUGUUUCCUCAUUCACGGUCAGAGGCGGCCAUGUUGGAAGAGAAACUAUCAUCCAAACGUCUCUGUUGUUUUUGCACUUUUUGCCUUUUUUGUUCCACUCCUCAAACCUUUAUUUAAUCGUUUCGUACCAGUUUUAUUUUUCUAUCCUGAAAACGUUGAUGUUGUUGAAUUCUUCUAUGUUGAAAAACUGACCGGGUCACUGAGAUUUAUUUAUUGUAAAUAAUCCUCCAGAUGAAGAAUCAGGUUUGGAACGUCCUUUCACACAUGCUCUCCUCAGUUUCUAGAACAUUUCACUCAUCCUGGGGUCUCAGGAGACAGGAAGUGAUACUAAGAUAAACUUCCUGUUAUUCACAUGCACAUAAGGCAGUGAACAAACAGCUCAAACAUGAAAUAAUCUGUUUCUAACUGAGUUCACUGUGCAGAUGUGGCCUUUAGAGAUUCACAGGAUAAAAACAUCAUCCACGGUUUGUCUUCUUCUCAUGACCCAUCAGCUGACCCAGCUUCUCCAGCAGACGGCUGGUGUAGAUCUUCAGGGCUGGUGUAGAUCUUCAGGGCUGUUGUAGAUCUUCAGGGCUGUUGUAGAUCUUCAGGAGCUGUUUGAGAUCUUCAGGAGCUGUUUGAGAUCUUCAGGAGCUGUUUGAGAUCUUCAGGAGCUGUGUGCAUGUCUGAUGAGGCUGAGAGAUCAAGUUUGAAGGUUUGGAUUCUAAAGUUGAUUCUUCAUUUUGAGGUUCCACAUCGAUGUUCUUCCUCUGGUUUUGUUUUUAUCAGGUGUUAAAGGGACUGUUUGUUGUGUAUUGAUCUUUUCUCCAGUGUUGGAGCAGGAGAGCUGUUGUCCUAAAGGCUCAUUUAUGUUUGUCUCUCUGCACCCUGCAUUAGCGGUGAGGUUUUAGAGAUGUAAACUUUACAUCCAGCACCUUUGGGAUGAAAAAAUUUCAAUCCAAACCAAUUCUCAGUUCACAACACAUCCUCUAUUUCAUUGGUUCACAUGUGGGGUCCUGAGUCCCCUAUGGGGGGCGCCAAAGAGCUCAGGGGGUGCAAGUCUUCGUCUGCUCUGAGGCUGCUAAAAUUAGAUUUGCACAUAUGGACUAAAAACAGGAUAAAAUAGUAUUUGAAGUAUUUUAUACCAAAGCUACUACUACUAAGAUGCCAAAUAUGAGUUAAAUAAAACAUGCCCAAGAUGCUUUUAACAUAUUUGUAGUCUUUUUAGCAGCUCAUUACAAUAAUAAAGAAUGCAGCGAUUCAUGCUUCAGUUGCAAAAUAUAAAUAAUAAAUAUGUGUGGACUGAAGCAAGAAAAUCAGUGGAAAAAACCCUCGUUCAUCUAAAGCCUCACUGUUGACAGUGCUGUAGGAGACUAGGUGUUAUGGUUUAUCUCGCGACUGUGUUAACUGGUGUCAGUUAGUUGUCAUAAUUAAAACACUGUUAAACACUGAACAUUUUAGUUUUUAUGACGUUAAUGAACACUGAACAAAGAGGCUCUCUGAGUUUGUGAUAUGGAUCCAUUAAGUUCCUUCUGGUUGGUGUGUGUUUUAUUUUGGAGGAGAGGCUGGUAAAUACAGCAGCUGCUUCCUCUAAUGUCCUUCAAAAUAAAACACAAACAGGUGUUUAGUUUUCAUUUGCACUGUUAAAUGCAACGCAUUUGACCUGUGGUCACCAGAUAACAUGGUCACUGGUUAAACCGUUACACCGGUCUUUGACGUGAAAAAGAUGAUCCAUCCUGUUCCUGUUAUCGUCCGUGCUGCACAGCAGCUGUUCGCUGACAUCGUUCGUGUUUUUACCCGGGUGGGCGUGUCUGUCAGACAUGAAGCGCACCUGCAGACUUUUCGUUGGCGCGCUUGUGAGGUCAGGCUUCCUCUGACCUGGGACCAUAGAAUCCACAGUGAGUCUUAGAAAAGGACGGGCUGGGUAAUAUGAGACACAAUCAUGCAAACAUGGCUGACACUGCGAGCUAGCGCUGCUAAUGCUAGCGCUGCAUAGAGCCACACGUCCUCCCUCAUGAAUGAAGCUUCAGUUCCUCCUCUCUCCUGCUCUAACACGGUCUGAGCUUAAGUUUGCACUGAGACGUUUCAGAGCAGACGUUCUUUACUCACGUCUCUGUGAAGGGAACAAAGAACAUUCUAGCAAUAAAAAACAGCUGUCUUUGUAAAUAAACCUUAAAGAAGCACUACGACUCCAUGAUGACCAAAAACAGGAGCUUCCAAAGAUGUCUUCUCUACAUUAGAGAUCUGUCAUGUUGACUCUGUGCAGCUUUAUUCUGUCCUCUGACCUUCAUCCUCAUCAUCCUCUUCCUCUUUGUGUUGAUGUGCCACAUCAUUUAUUCUCUCCUCACCCUUCUUUAUUUAAACCUGCUGUUUUAAUUUUCUCUGAGCACUGAGGCUUUAAAGGGAAUAUUUAACACGUUUAUACGGCUCCAUGUCUGAGUUGUGUUUUUGUUUUUGUAUCGACAACAUGGACGGACGGCGCCGCCGUUGGUCCAGGCAUCCUGUAUGAAAUCUUAUUUAUGUAGUUUCAGGUUUACCUGCUGUUUCCAGGCGUGGAUUCUAGAGAAACCACCAUGUGACCAGAAGAUCUAUUUUUAUAUCGCCGUGCUGCGGUGUCUGCUACAGACGCCACCGUCCACGGCUGAUGUUUACGGUGACGUCUGUCUCACUGCAGCAUGGUUCUGAUCAAGAAGAAAGAAAUAUUUAUAAUUAUUUUAUAAAAGAUUAUAGACCAUAUACUGUUUAACUGCCAACGUUCAAUCAUGUUAACUUUAUUUUCAAUAAAAUAAUGA